CGAGCCCUCCCAUCCGCCAUCUUGGGCUGUGAAAAGAAAAACACAGAACACAUGCAACUGUCAACAGCACGGAAAAAUCCGCAAAAACUUCGAAAUGGCGACGUCUCUUAACGCCAUGGUCGAGGAACCCGAACCAGGGACCCUUCCACCGCCAGGAAAAGUCAAGGAAGUGCGACGAGAAUGGGCAGUACGGGAGGACGGUGCCUUCGCCAUGCAGCUUCAGGAGGAGGAAAUCGAGCAGCAUUACUCGGGAAACAUCAGUCGGCGCCGCACCGUGCGGAAGGACCUGGUCGUAGCGAAGGACGUCCAACACGAGGAGGAUCGCGUCGUUCAGGAGGCACUCAUGAAGAGGAUCGAAGAACAGCGGAGAAUAGAGGAACUCGACCGAGCUGUUGCAAGUAGCAUGCAGGAAGCCCUGGAGAGAGAACAGGAGAGAAAAGUCUUUCAGAAGGAGGCAGAUGAGUUGUGGCUGAAAUCUGAGCUUGACGCCCAGCGGAGACAGGAACUAGAGGACGAGGAGCUGGCUAAGAAACUGCAGGACAGAGAGAGAAGACGGCUGGAGAGAAUCAGCGCCAAGAGGAGAGAGAAAGCAGCGGAGGCAGAGAAAUACCAUCGGGACGCCGCGGCUGCCAGGGAUGGAGGUGCCUCGGCAGACAGCCUGGAGUCAGACCUACAGCUGAUGAAGGUGGGUUCACCUCGCCGCGCCGUGGACCUCCCGCCGGAGGGUUACCUGGACGACUUUGUGGAGAACAACGCGGACCCGGGUCUGAACGACGACAGCUGGGUGCCACCGGAGGAGCGGGAGGAGGGGGAGGGGCAGGCACAGGGGGACGACGUCAUCGUGCCGCGCCCGUACGAGGCUGACGAGGCCUAUGCCAGACUUCUGCAGGAACAGGAGAAACAGAACGUUAACGUGGCCAGGAAGGACAGAGCAGUCGCCUCUACUGCACAGGACGAGGAAAUAGCCAGAUAUUUGCAGGACCGAGAAAGACAACUGUUUGUGAAAGGGAUACGAGAGAGAGCCAAGAUCAAACACUCCAAAUCUGAUCAUUCCCACCUACAACAUAAGCUUCAGCAGGAUUAUAAGAGACAGGUCUCGGCCCCCACAACUGCUAGUGUAGUACGCGGCAGUAGUGGUGUUCACGGCACCAGUGAUUCGGCGGCUGGGGCAGUCGGUGGCUCGGUGGUUGGUGCGACUGGGGGCUUGACGGCAGGGGCUUCUGGAACCGGCUCCCACGAUAGGCGCGCGGACUCGCGAGGCUCCAGUCUGGGAAGGAACGAGACUAUAAACACAGAGGUGAAGCGAGUAGGAGGGCUCUACGUUGACCUUGGAAGACAAAGUCAUGACCUCCGUCACAGACCAAGGACAGUCCAUGCUGUUUCCAGGGUACUUUCAUCUUUGAGCUCCAAAUUUGGUUCAGGAUCAGGGAGUGAGGCUGUGCGAGAUGUUGCCCCGGACUCACAACCUCUACAAGACGUCGCCGACACGCGGUCUCGCGGCGGCAGCAGUUCAUCCUCCUCCCCACGAGGUACCACCAGCAAUGACUCUACUCCAAACUUUGAAAAUAUCAACAUAGCCAGUUUGAUAGAUCCGACAUGCCGAGACAGACCGCCCGAACAUCUGACCUCCGAACAACAAGGGGGUCAGCACUGGGUCAGCGUGAAGAAAGUAAACCUACCACCAACCGCAUGCGCCGGUGCGGGUGGCGAGGACGGUUUUCUCGGGAGAGACAACGACCAACCGGUAGUCAUCGUACAAGGAGAGAAGAGACACAGUAAGAAGGACAAGAAGAGCUCUGGGAAGAGCUGGUUCAGGAAAGGGUCCAAGAAGGGGGGAACACCAGAGGAGGGGAGCUAAUUACUAGUGAUAGGUAGACUCUGGGCUUUGUUUAUACACUGGGUAUGGGUGCACAGUCUGUUGAUAGCAAGGUUCUAGCCGGCUGAUUUUUUUUCUCUGUCAUCUCAGUUUUGUUUGACGUACUAUGUUGGGUGCUGAAGGGCAGUCCGAGAGGGGCAUGCUCUUAAACGCUACUUAGAACUUCCUUCUACAGUAGAUGGAUACUGAGACGUGUGAAGUUUAGUCAGCCUGCUCUGGUAUCAGAACUUGUGCUCCCAGCAUCACAUAUAAACAUAGCCCUUUUGGUGUAGUUAGGAUAGUACAUGCUUUACACAACAUCACUUAUGAUGCUACUUCCAUGGUCAUGCUAACUUUUCGAGCUU